CGUAUUUCUUGAUAUGCAAUGCUAUUUCCCUACGCUAUGUGUAUCCAACAGAGUAUCUGUAUUGGAACUGUCAUUCACUCUUCCUUUCUCCUACAGCAAUUUUCGGUUACCUGGUACGCGUUCGCCAGACAGAAAAUGGAGACAACGCGGGACCAAGAGUCCCAUACUAGCGAAAGUACUGCGAUGACCUGGUACAAUUCAACUUCACCGUCCGAAUGGAGUGAGGACGAGUCGGAGGUACUAUACCAGCUCGACGAAGGAGCGCUCGCCGAGAUCCCUCGUCGGCUUCAGGACAUCAUGAGAGAAAUUUAUCAGGACCGAGCCAAGAAACUUGGAGAGAUGGGCAACGGCACACGAGUCCCUCGGCCCUUAUUUCAUCGUGAAUGGUGGUUAUCCACGGACCACAGAGAUAUCUGGCUCUCUCGUGGAUCAGACGCUUCUAUCUCUCACAUUAGAGAGCAGGAAGCUAAUUAUCUACCAGAGAGUCAAGAGGACCCUGGCACUGGCUCUGUACCCGGCCUUGCAGCACUUGCACGAGACGGUGCUCUCGAGAAGCCCCAGCGCGAAGCAAGAGCCUUGAAGAGAAAGAAACCUCGAUUCUACAGAACGACCAAGGCAAUUUCUAGCGUAUCAAGCCGCCUGAGCGCUCGAGUGAAAGGGAGUGUACAUCGAAUGAGCAAGAUCUUCCCGAAAGGCUUUGGAACGAAGGACUAAGUGGCGAAGAAGCAGGCUGGAUCUGAUGAAAUGAAGCAUGACGAAUGAAUCAUGACGAAUCAUGUACGAUACAUUUUUCAAUCAACUUUUAACUGAGCACCUGGCAGUCUAUCUCUUGUCUAUUCGACUGCCUUUGACCUCGGAUUCAUCGACAAC